AACAUAACAAAUUGGUUUUCUAGAGGUAAUUGUAAGGCAUCACAUGUUUCAAUAACAUUCUAUACCUAUUUCUGCAUAAUCUAUCACUAUCAACAAUAGUGUAUUUGAGCACAGUCGUACAGCAGAGACGAUGGUCCUGAAUUUAUCAAUGAAAAAUGCCUCUCUGGUCGUUAUCUCAGCUCUGAUAUUGCAGUAUACUAAGCUACUGCAGAGAAGAACGUGGUUUACUUGACUCCCAGCGAAGGCUUUUCGAAAACGCUUUUUCAACAGACCUUUUUGCGUAAUGUUCUAUUGCUAGCGCAUAAACUGUAGACGCAGCAAAGAAGAGGGAGUCGGUUGCCAAUUAAAACGUGAAGGACGUAUCCCACAAUUUUGUUCAAGGACACCGGAUCAUGAAAUGUGGACUGCACUUUGACCAUUUAGCUAACGUGUUUCACGAUCCUGAAACAACAUUUGAGAUGCUUGUAGUGCAUGGAGCUUGCUGCAGCUAUUCGCUAGCGUACUCUUAAAAUUGUUCACGGUUAAGUUUUUUUUCCCCCCUAUUUAAACGGGCAUUGCUCCGUUUUGCGGUGUUCAGAGUUGUAGUCUGUAAUAUUGCGAUGGCGUGCAUACAGGGUACGCGGGGGCUUGUGCUCAACGUGGGCUACAACCUGAUUCGUUUGUGGGAUUUCCUUUUUCACCGUCCUUGAACAGAUCGGGUAGCCUCUGCAGUCCCAGCGUCCCUGCCCCCCUGUUUACUGCUAUGGGAGCACCCUGAGCGGGAUCCCCGUCCUCCUUGGCUCCGGACCAGCAGUGGAUCGGGACAAGGGAAGGAGCUGAGCGGGUACCGACAGAACAGGGUUCCUAAAGGGACUGGGCUUUAGUACCGCGUUUCUGCGAUGCCAAGAGAGCAGGAUGCUGUCUCCAGAGUUGGAAACUGAUACUGCUGCGGAGGACACGGCGCCCAGCACCCCGAACGGAAUCGAAGGCACCCCGGCCAGCAUCGACGCCUUGGAAGAGCAGCGGCCGGUGAAGCAGUCACUCAGCGCCUCCAUGUGGCGGGAGUCGCACUGGCGCUGCCUGCUGCUCUCUCUGCUCAUGUACAGCUGCCUGGGGGCAGUGGCCUGGUGUCAGCUGACCCGCGUGACUAAACUGAGCUUCGACUCCUCCGUCACCUCCUCCCUCACGGCCUCCAUCUCCUCCCUGCGGGGGGGCGGGGGCGGCGGCCGCUCCAUGAUCUACCACGACAGCCCCUGCUCGGACGGCUACGUGUACAUCCCGCUGGCCUUCCUGCUCAUGCUGUACGCCGUGUACCUGGUGGAGUGCUGGCACUGCCGGGCCCGCGCCGAGCUGCAGUGCAAGGCGGACGUGGACAGCGUGUACGAGCGCGUGCUCCGCAUGCGCCAGGCCCGGCCCUGCGUCUGGUGGAAGGCCAUCAGCUACCACUUUGUGCGCCGGACCCGGCAGGUCACCCGCUACCGCAACGGCGACGCCUACACCACCACGCAGGUGUACCACGAGAGGGUGAACACCCACGUCGCCGAGGGGGAGUUCGACUACGCGCGCUGCGGGGUGCGGGACGUCUCGCGCGACCUGCGGGGCCUGGAAGGCCACCCCGCCACCCGCCUGCGCUUCACCAAGUGCUUCAGCUUUGCCGGCGCCGGGCCUGAGAACGCCUACCUCAACCAGCGCGCCCACUUCUUCUCCGAGAUAGAGGGGCUGGACGACUACAUGGAGGCGCGGGAGGGGAUGCAGCUGAAAAACGUGGACUUCAAAGAGCACCUAAUCGCCUAUGUGGACCCCGACCGGCUGCCCUGGUACACCUCGCACGCGGCAUUCUGGCUGGCCGCCCUGCUCAUGUUAUCCUGGCCGCUGCGGGUCCUCGUGGAGUACCGCACAGCCUACGUGCACUACCACGUGGAGAAGCUCUUUGGACUGGAGUACAGCAAUGGCAGCCCAUCCCCCUCCGGGGAUAACGUGCCCAUACGGAGUGGCAGCUACGGUUUCCCCCGAGCGGAGACGGUGGACAGCACCGAGCUGGAGUGGCACAUCCGCUCCAACCGCCAGCUGAUUCCCAGCUACUCCGAGGCCAUGCUGAUGAACCUGGGCGGCUCGGGUUCGGGUUCCGGGGAGACGCGGUUGUCCCUGCGCGACAGCUACGCAGCCCGGAGCUACGGAGCCUUGGUGCGCGACUGCGAGCGCUGCUGCCAGCGACAGGACGGCCACGGGCCGGCGGCGACCAGCUCCAGCUGCUCCUCCAUCUUCUCCCGCCACGCCUUCCACUCGCGGCUGUCCCUGGACACGUCGCGCUUCUCGCUGUGCCGCAUGUAUGGGUCGCGGCGGACCGUGGGGCUGUGGCGCAGCCGGAGCAGCACGCUGACAGAGCGCUGUUGUGUCGAUGAGCAGUGCUGCCGCUCCUCCAGCCAGCUCGCCCUCAAUGACAGUCCGCCAACUUACCGCGACGCCCGCUUCUUUCCCGUCCUCAUCGUGCAUCGCCCUGAAGGCUGCGGUGACUCUUCCGAGGUGCGGCGCUACUACAUCCGCAGAGGGUCCUGCUGCCUGGAGACCUCGCUCUGAGGCCUCAAAGCCUCGCUCUGAGGCCGCUGCAGGCAGUCUCCCUGCUUAUACUGGGCUAUGCAUCUGGACCCAUUCCACACAUGAGGUUCUGAACUGUCUUUUGUUCUCAGACACACCCGGCACUCUGAUCCGCAGAGGUUCUACAAUUAGCUCAUUCAUAAGCAUGUUGUAUAUCUCUGUGGUGAGCUCCUGUUCGCAAGGGCUUCUAGACUAGAGAAGACAAGAGCAUAUUCCUGAGCACCCCGUCAUCCAGUUAUCAAGGUGCUUUUGUGUGAAAGAAUAAAAUCAUACAGAAUCUAAAUUGCUGCUCCAAGCAAUAAGCUGUGAAAAAUGAGGUUGCUUUCCAGCCUAAUGUCUCUGUCUGGGGUCAUACCCUUCUCCAUUAUAACAAUUCAGGGUUCCCACUCGUCCUGGAAAACCUUGAAAACCUGGAAAUUUAUUGACUAGUUUUCCUGUCAUUGAAAACACCUGAAAAAUGAGAAAAUUUACAAAAUGUCCUGGAAAUAUUUGUGUGGUCCUGGAAAAUCGUAGGCUAGGCUAAAAGUCAAGCUGUUAAGCAGUAUAUUUAGAGCUGAGAUUGCAUAUUUUCCUGUAUUUUUCUCAGCUUUUCUCAUUUUUAUUAGCCACCCCCCCCCCCCCCCCCAAGUCAUGGAAAUUGUCCUUGAAAAGUCCUGGAAAAUGAUUUCCUAAAAUGAGUGGGAACCCUGCAAUUAUACCCAGUCCUUGAUUUCCAUGUCCACAACAGCCUUCAGAGUCUGAGCAUUACAGGCAUAACUGAGAUCUCAGAUCCAGCCUAACAGUACCCCACAGUGCCAUUCCUCCUGGAUACCAUCAACAUUUACCUGCUACAGAGUGUUUGUACUUGAGGUCUGUGGUCACCGUCAGCUCCUAUCCUGAGGCUUACAUGCAAUCAACGAUGGCAGUCACCCAUUGGCUGGAUUCAGUAAACUAUAGAGAAACCAUUCCCUCUGUCACCUGACGUGCGUGUGAUGACUCAAGCUGCAUCAUACCGAAUCUGCACAUAUCUCUGACAUCUGCAUGCCAUUAGGUAAGAAGGAAGCCAUUGGCCUUGAGGGGAUUUGCUAUAUAUGGUAUAUACCAGUGGUCUCCAACCCUGGUCCUGGAGAGCUACUGGGUCUGC